AUGUCUACAACAUUCAUGUCACUUCCCCAGGACAUUCGGGAGAAGAUUUUGAUGACAGCUUUGUCAGUCGAGAACAAUUUCGUCUACAUGAAUGAGGAAGAUGCCGAAGAUUACGAGGUAAAGCGAAUCCAUCGAAUCAGCAAACUUGUUUUCUUCAAUGGCGUGAGAGAUUUCUCUAUUCACGAUCAUCGGCAUUGGGAGCACCACCUACGGCGACUUAGAGGGCACGGACGUCAACUUAAACGACAACAACCAUACCACGAAGACUGGAGAAUCCUUCCAUUCGACAGUGAUGUGUUCUUUGAAUCUCCCUGUCCAUAGCUUUAUUGCCUUCGAUUCUUCGUUGGAACUCCUUGAACAUGACAACCGGCGUCAUUCUCGCUCUAGACGUCAAGAGGAAGCAGAAGACCCACGGUCCGACCAAGAUCAGGAGGAAAUCUCAGACGAUGAUGAUGAUGAGGACGAUAAUCAUGAUGAAGUAAGAGAAAUAUUAAUUCUCGGACCAGCUCAACCAUGUAGGCCGGAUCGUGUUUUGCUUCCUCUUUUGUUGGCCAACCGCCAAAUCUCCACUGAAGCGUCAAAUGCUUUCCACAGAGAGAACACUUUAGUUAGGGUAAAUUUACACGUUUAUUUCACUUCCUCAAGUCUCUCACUGUUAUCGUUCAUGUUGUUUGUACUUCCUAUGCUGCCACUACGGCUAGGAACCCGAGCACAACCAGACGUUGCUCUAACUAUCGACCUCUGCCAAUUUCCCGAUGGAAUCAGAGAACAAAAGGAUGAUAGGCCUUACCCUAUGUUUAUAGAGUCUCGUUACCUACCUCUCUUGGUGGACUGCAUAAACACAUUUGCUUCCAAAUGCGGGUAUGAAAAACUACUUCCUGCCCUCCAUGCUAAAGGCUCGUUUUAUCAAAAGUGGAUAGGACAUAUACCAGUAUAUAAAAUCGCACUGGGGUUCAACCCCAACCCGAGCUACAGCAAAGAAUACACCGACAAGCGACCAAGUCGAUUAAUCAAGGGCUUGAAGGGUUUUAGAUACUUAGGCCAUAUGGAUGGAGAUGGAGAAGUUUGGAAACGAGAUAUCAAGAUCGAUGGCUUAGAUGAUGACCAGCAGGCAGAAUUCUUGAGUGCUUACAAUCUUCCUCCGUUUCCUCCUGAAGAAGAUGAAACUGUUAAGGAGCAACGCAGGAUUUAUGAGGCACUCUGGUCGCGUUAUUUCAACCAAUGGACUGACGAUACUCAUUAG